GAUGUUAGGUGCUAACAGCUAACAGCUAGCAGACAGGGUUAGGGUAGAACCCCCGGUAGAACCACCGGUAGAACCUCCGGUAGAACCACCGGUAGAACAACAGACAGCAGAACCUCUUCUCAUGUCGCUGCUCUGCUGAACACGCGUCCGGAAGCUGCUCGUGCACGCGCACAAUCUCCAUGGCUACGGAAGAGUUCUACGAGGUGGAGCGGAUCGUGGAUAAGAGGAAGACGAAGAAGGGUCGGGUUGAGUACCUGGUGAGAUGGAGAGGUUACGGUUCUGAGGGAGACACCUGGGAGCCUGAGAGCCACCUGAGCACCUGCAUGAUCUACGUCCACGACUUCAACCGUCAGACCGCCGAGCGGCAGAGAGACGGCACGUUGCUGCGCUCCACCCGCAGCUCGCCCAGCCUGCACUGCGGCCCGGCCCACAGACCGCCCUGCAGGCCUCUGCCGGGCGCCGCGGCUCGCGGCGACAUCAUCGGUGACAUCGGUAGCGGGUCGACGGGGGCCCGCGAUCAGGCGAAACACUCCGAUCCUCCUCUCGGCCCGGCCCACCUGCCGACCGCCGGACCGAUCCGCCAGGCGUCCGUCGGCUCCCGGAACCCCCUGCUGCCCGACAGGUUCGGCUCCAGGCUGUCGUCCGCGUCUCCGGUCGGCUCGGCCCGGCGGAGCGUGGAUCUGUCCAAGACCGGCAUCAAGAUUCUGGUUCCUAAAAGUCCCAUGAACAGCCGGCUGGACUCGGAGGAGUCUCCGAGGGAGGCGGCUCACGGUCUGGAAGCCGGAGCGCAGGAGGCUCAUCUGGUUCCACCUGAGGUCGCCCUGCUGGAGAAACCCGGAGUCCAACUGGGGCCUGGAGAGGAGAGGGCCCGCAUGGGGACCAGACCCCGCAGCCAGAACCUCCUGCCCCCGCCUCGGGUCCCCAUCACACCUGCAGCCAUGCGCUCCCUCAGCGGGACAGGUGGCUCGGCGCUGAUGGAGGCCGUCGCUGCUAACGGGAUGUCUGGCGUGCAGAGUGCCGUUACCGGGGCGACCAGCGUGACAGGGAAACGGCGUCUGGAGGAGCGUUCGGCUUUCGACAAACGUCUGCGGUUCAGUGUUCGGCAGACGGAGAGCGCCUACCGGUACCGGGACAUCGUGGUGAAGAAACAAGACGGCUUCACUCACAUCCUGCUGUCCACCAAGAGCUCCGAGAACAACACGCUGAACCCAGAGGUGAUGAAGGAGAUCCAGAGCGCCAUGGCGACGGCAGCAUCGGACGACAGUAAGCUGGUGUUGCUAGGCGCCGUCGGCAGCAUCUUCUGCUGCGGACUCGACUUCCUGUACUUCAUCCGGCGCCUGACGGACGACAGGAAGAAAGAGAGCAUCAAGAUGGCCGAAACCAUCCGGACAUUCGUGAACACCUUCAUCCAGUUCAGGAAGCCGAUCGUGGCGGCGGUGAACGGGCCGGCGCUCGGCCUCGGCGCCGCCCUCCUGCCUCUCUGUGACGUGGUGUGGGCCAAUGAGAAGGCCUGGUUCCAGACGCCAUACACCUCCUACGGACAGACGCCCGACGGCUGCUCCUCCUUCACCUUCCCCCGCAUCAUGGGCCUCGCCUCGGCUAACGAGAUGUUGCUGAGUGGCAGGAAGCUAACAGCACAGGAAGCGUGUUCUAAAGGUUUGGUGUCUCAGGUUCUUUGGCCAGGAACCUUCACACAGGAAGUGAUGCUGCGAGUCCGAGAGCUGGUGGCUGUCGACUCACUGGUCCUCCAGGAGUCCAAAGCUCUGCUGAGAACAACCAGUCGCGGUUCUUUGCAGCAAAGCAACGAGCGCGAGUGUGAAGCUCUGAAGAGAGUCUGGGGUUCGUCUCAGGGGACGGACGCCAUCCUGCAGCACCUGCAGAGGGGGACCCAGCUCUGCUAGGACCUGGACCGGGACCGGGACUGGGCCGGGACCUGGACCUGGACCGGGACUGGGCCGGGACCUGGACCGGGACUACACCAGGACCCGGACCGGACAAAGACUAGACUGGAACUGGACCUGACCGGGAACCUGGACCAGACUAAAACUGGACCAGGACUACACCAUGACCCGGACUAGACUGGAACCGGACCAGGACUGU